UUGGUCGAGGCGGGGAUAAUGGCUGCUGUCACCGGGAGUCUGGCGCGGGCAGAAAUUAUAGACUUUAAAAUCCCGACUCGAAAUGAUAAAACUCUUUUUGUCUGUAAUAUUCUUCCCAGAGAAUCCGAGGCUGAAAUUUAUGACUGCAUUUUCAAAGCAUUUUCUGAUUUUGGACUCCUCUACUCUGUGCGGGUUUGCAGGAAUGCUGCUGUAGUUGAACCAGGGUAUUAUGCCAUUGUCAAAUUUUAUUCAGCAUUUGAUGCUGCCAAAGCCCAAAAUUAUACAAAUGAGAAGUGUUUAUUCCAGACAAUUCCUUUGAAGGUUCAAAUGUGCACAAAGCGAUGGUCUAUGAAAAUUUCCCAAGAGAACCAACUUCCUCUAAAUAGCAUCAAAUGCCAGGAACUGGCCAAUUACUACCUUGGUUUUAAUGGCUGGUGCAGUCGCAUAAUUGCACUCCAGAAUAUUUCUAAUUCAGGUGGAUGUGAAGAAAAUACACAGGAAUUGGUGCAACUGGAGAGAAAGAGCAUGAAAUAUAUUUGUGUUAUGGAAGUUAAAUUGAGAAAUUACGGCAUGUGUUGUAAAGGUAUUGGGAUUUCUGAAGAAUUUGACCAAGACACAACAGAUCCACUCAAUUUUGCCUUGAAAGUUGGAAGGGCUCAAAAGGCUGCAACACAGAAAGCUUUAUCAGAUGCAUUUCAGAAGGUCUUCAUUGUUGUCCUAGGGAAUGGGAAGGUGUCUCUGCAAUGGAGUUCAGAACACAAUGAAACUGACUGUUUCACAGAGGAGGAACUUCAAACACAACUGCAGGUAAAUGACAUUUCAUGGAGUCAAUUUGAACAUGAGGGACAAGAAGAAAUUCUUUCUGAUUUGAGUUUUACUACAGAAGGUAUGGAAGGAACAGAGACAUGAAGAAAUCAAAACCUCCAAGAACUUCUGAGGACAAGUGCCUUCCUGGAAUCAUUAACAUAAACAUUGUGUUAACUUUGUAAAUCUAAGAUAGGCAAUUGCUUUUGAAAAAUUGGAAGCACUCAUUUUCAUUAAUGAUCUGACAAUUUAUACUGAAGGUAUUUCUACUAAGAAUAUCGAAAAAAAUGCUCAGGUAACUGUCAUUGUAUAACUGCAGAACAUCAAUGUUUUUAAAGGUUUUUUUUUCCCCACACUAAUAUAUUGACACAUGUUGAUUCCAUAUGUGGGAUGUUGGUUAGCUGGUAGGACAUAAGUCAGAUUAGUACCAACAGGGUACAGAAUGGGGUUUGUUCCCUUUUCCAGCCAAGUUAGAUUUGGGUCCUGCCUCUUCACUAUCUCUAUAGUAAAAAUUCUGGCACUUUGCAAUUAUUCAACAGAUAACUACCAAGGACCUGCCUUUGGACAGAGGACUCAAAAAGAUGAUUCUGUAUAUGUGACGUUUUAUAACUAUUAAGUUUGAAAAAUAAAAUUUAUCCACAAACACAAUGAA